UGUGGUGCACCCACGUAUGUCGCAUACGCGCAUAGCCCCUGCGGCGUAUAGUUGGAACACCAUCGCAAGAGCUUCAGCGCAAAGCUAGUCUUUGCUAUCGCCGUCAGUGCUUCACCCUUUCGCCGAAGCUGCCAGAUUUUUUUUUACACUCAGCGCCCUCGGAGAUAAAAAAAAAACAUGAGUCAUCCAAAUAAAAGUAACUGUGCCCUAACGACCGGCUUCCUUUGCACAGGAGCCCCAGCAACCACCGUCGUGGUCCCUCGAAUCCUGGAAGAACGGAGUGACAGCGGAGAACUGGUUGUGGCCAUCCGUGCUGGUUGGACUUUGGCUCUGAGGAAAGUGUCCGUGCUGCGGGAACAUCUAGAAGUCACGACGCUCGAGGAACAUGAGAAAAGAGUUCAUUACUGGCUGCAGUUUACUCCCCGCACCCUCCUGGCGGUGCAAGGCGAGCGCAAGGCAGCGCUGCGGGCUACCAUUGUGUUCCUGCCGCCAAAGAAGGCGCCGCUACUCCUAUUUUCAUGUGAGAAACCCCUGCGUGUCCCAUCGACUGCCAUUGCCGGAGCUGUAGCAGACGAGCCGCCUUCCCACGUGGAUGUGGGGUCAUUGGUUUGA